GAAAUGAAAAUACCGUCCUCAGCUGCAAGGACAAAUUUGGAAAUGCACAAAAAAUAACUCGGUGGCUAAGAGUACUUAUAAUACCUUAAAGAAGAGAAAUGACUUCGAGUCUUCAGUACAGAAGCUAUACAAUCACGAAUUACAUUUAUUAAAAGACGCAAUUCAUACGGAAACAGUCAUCGGCACAAAUCACGCAAAGGUUAUCGGGUUAACCAAGGAGCACAUGCGCGAACAGUUGAUCGAACAUCUUUUCGACAGGGCUUUGUUUUGGUGCAGCUGUCUCUUUAAAAUUCAGGUAGCGCCAAUCGCUGCACGUCGAUUUGAUUUUUGUGGAAAGUAGAAACGCUAGUGGGGAUUAAAAUGGAGCAAGGCGUAUGUCGUACAGAGCUGUUUUCACAUAAUUCUCUUUAAAACAUAAGUAUAUCAAGCCAACAUAAUGUGGUUACUUUGGAUUGGUGCUGUAAUCAGGUAUCAAACAUGAGAAGGUAGCGCUUGCCUAAACAACUGCAGAAAAAGUGAAUCCUUUCUCAUAACAUCUUCACUGGCGAGAACAUAUAAUGGCUAAGGAGCUGUGGAUCGUGUUCGUGUACGACACGCUGCGCUGCACGGAGGAAGAGGACGACCCCCAGGACGCGCUGCUCUACUUCCACCCGGCGUGGGUCAACGACCAGCACCGCCUGGCGCUCUGCGGCCAGCUCAUGGGCACGGCCCAGUUCUUCGUGUCCACCUUCUCCUGCCCGCGCCUGCUGGCCCUCGACAGCGGAAAGUUCCUGCUGUCCCGCUGCGGCCGCUACUUCCUCGUGGUUGGCACGGACCGCAACAUCCCGGAUGAGGUUCUGGAGCACAGGGCCGUGACGCUGCUGGACAUCAUACAGUUCUACCACUGCGACCUGGAGACGAUGGUGCGGUCGGCCGGCACCGCCGUGAAGGACCGACUGGCGCUGAUGUUGGACACGUACCUCCCCAUGCUCCAGUACGCAUCCAACUUGCUGGGCGUCAUCCCCAGCAUUCGGCUGCCCAAGAGUGCUGGCAAUGUUUUCCUUGAAGCCAUGCAGAUUCUACAAGCAUGCCAAGAAGUGGAAGGUGUGUUUGGAGGUGCAGUCAUGUAUGAGAACAGAGUUGUUGCGACUCAGUUCAGCUGUGGCCUCACCAAGAAGUUGGUUGCGACAGAUCCACACCACAUAAAGCCGGUGGCAGAGUCUGUGGAGACGGCGUUCCACCUGCCGGUAGGUGUCCAGCUGCUCACGGUGUAUCUAGACAGGAAGGAGUUUGAGAGGCUUUCGCAGGAGUCUGCCAGCAGGAAGCUGGCCAUCGAGAACACCAUCUUGAAGAGGUUCAUCCACAGAAAGCUGCCACCGUCCAAGAUGGCCCAAACGCCCAAAGAAGUGUUGUCGAGCAUGAAGCGAGACACCUCGCGCAUCUUCACGGUGAUGGAGGAGAAAGAAGGGGAGAUGGAGCACACGGAGGAGCCAAACCACGUACAAAACUGUGUGGGCGUGGAUGCGCGCGUGCUGCACGCGAAGGUGACGUCCAUCUGCCGUGCCGCGGAGCAGCCCAUGCUGGUGUCCCCGCUCAAGUCAUCCAUCAACGGGGAGCAUUCCCCGGAGAAGUGCGCCAACGGCCGGCUGGAGGUCCUGGUAGGCCGGGAGGAGCAGCGGGCACGGAGCCAGAGCCUCUUAGACGUAAGGCACCCUGUGCGGACGGUGCCCAUGCGCUGCUACAGUCUCGGCCUGCCCAAAGUCACGCGCGGCAUGUGCGGCGAGGAGGAUGACGACGACGACGACGACGACGACUCUCCGUGCGUCGCCCGCCCGGGGAAGCACUUCUUCAACACAAUCACGGACCCGUUGUUCCCGGUGUUCCGCAGCGACGGCCUGUCCGUGUCGCGGGCGCUGUUCGACGAAUACCUAGAGCGCCACUACAAGCUGCUCGACCUGGAGGCCCUGCCGGCGCCCCCGCCUUCUGAGCAGCGCACUAAGGCACAGGAAGUGUACCGCCGGUCCCUCAGCCUGCCCCUCAAGCCUGUUACCAUGGAUGAGGUGGAUGACGGCGUGGACACUAGGAGGAGAUCUUAUAAUUCAGACGCGGAGAGCCCGGUGGUGCGGGGCCGGCCCCUGGGCUCGCUCCAGCUGACUCCCCUCAUGUCGCGCCUCAGCCUGCUGGCGGAAGACAAGACCAGCGGCUUCUGCAGUCGCAACACCACGCCCAGCGAGGCGCGGGAGCUGGCGGACCUGGCCGUCGACCCGGCCCGGCCCCCGCCCGCCACCAGGAAGGCGGAGGAGGACUCCCAGAACAGGGAUCCAGCGCUGGGGGAGAGGCAGGGGGACGCGGGGCCCCAGAAGAUGGCCCUGUACGUGUACGGCCAACAAGACACGGUGCUGCUCGCGCUGCUGGAGGAGCGAUCCGCACAGGACCCUGAGCUCGUGCAUUCGCUGUGGGAGCUGAGCGUGAGCUACCUGGGACUGCUGGAGGGCCACCUGCACAAGUGCCUGGACCACUUCCCCCAGGGGGAGGGUCUGGACUCGUACAGCUUCCUGUGCCUGGACCCCGCCUGGGACAUGCUGCAGCAGGGCGGGUACUGGAGCUCGGCCCACCUCGACGUGGUCGGCUGCCUGCACCACGACUUCUGCACCAGCCCUGCCCUCACCGAGGUCAUGGUCAGGUGCGAGGACAGUGCCGUGUAUGGGUACCAGUGUGGGGAAACCCAGGUGUUCUACCAGCAGUCCGUGGGGCACUCGAUGGGGCUGCCUGCUCCCUCCGACAUGAUGGGCAUAGUGCCCCUGAAGGCGCGCCGCCGCCUCGAGCGAGAUCACGGCAUCAUCCUGCUGUAGGCACCUGCUUUGCGUGCUCCCUUCCUGCGACUCCAGCCAGUGUGUUGGUCGGUCAUCAGACAGUCGUGGCCACCACUGCUUAAUGUGCUGUGCGCAAGACAAAAGGCUUCUUUUGAACCUGGCACUCAAUAUGUAUGUGUGGUUAAUAUGUAGGAAUGCUUUAAAUAAUUGUUGUAUGUUCAUAACAUUUUUAGAAUGUUGGCUGUUUAGGAGGAAAUGACAAGAAAUAGUUAUGGUAAUAACUUUGCUCCCUCAUGGAAUUUAGUUCCUUUUGUGUGUUUAUUGCAAUUUGAACCUCUUUCCCUACUUGAAUCACUGAUUUUAAAUUGUUAUAUAUUUAUUCGUUUUUUUUUUUUAAUCUCAUGAGUACCUAUAUUUUUAUUUUCAAGACUCAAAAGCUUUAAGAUGUAGUAUUUCAGUUUGCAUUAGUGUAACUUCUUUUAUUGUGUUUUUUCUCCUUGUGAAUACUGAUAAUUUGCAUCAAGACUUGGUGCAAUUGAGUUUUUAAUAGGUCCGUUUGGUAUGUUCAAGGCUUCCAACACAGGCUGUAGCAUAAACAGUAAAAUUUCUUUAGUCUUUAUAUAACAAAAUUGAAGUGACUUAAUUUUUUGUUUGUUCAUUGUAAAAGAGUGUUUUUUUUUAAUAUAGGUGGAAUGAAACAAGGCUAUUAAGUCUAAGAAAAAAACAGAUUUUAAACUAUUCUUGGAUAAAUCACAUAAUAUUUUGGGGUGUUGUCCAUCUAUAAAUUACAGUAAAACCAUGUUGUAAUGACCACGUUUAUCUUGACCACCUUUCUAUUACAACUCUUUUUUGAGGUACCUACCAUGAAAAUUUUGUGUUAGUAAAAAAAUGUAAAGGAAAUCAGCUGAAAAUUCGAUUAGAGGGCAUUGUGCAGCAUUUCUCUUGGUGAGGGUGGUAACCAAACAAUAUGAUAUUGCUUGUUCUUGGACACAGUGCCCAUCUAUGUGCUGUACUCUUUACUUCUGUUAUUACAAAUUGGAUAUGCAUGAUUUUGGAUCUCUCUUGGUUUUGAUUACUAUUUUUGACAACUUAUACACAUUUAUUUUCCUCUGAUUUGGUAAAAUAAAAUUUUGGUGACCAAUCCGAUUUGGUUGCACUUUAGGCUUCAUUGAAGAGUUGUUUUCAUCCUGCAUGUUGUUGUGUUUUAUUAAAUAAUAUAUAAAUAUAUGAUUGGUAUAAAUUGAGUAGAAAGUUAGGCCGUGCGGGAUGGCUAAUUUCAGGCAAACUUUCUGUCACUUAAGAUUUUUAUUUCUGAUGGGCAGAAAAAACUUCCAGAAUUAUUCAUUAAUAGGAUUUUUAUUUUACACUCCAUUCGUGAAGUAAAUUGAGAAGAAAAAAAAUAAGACAAGAAAAGACUGAUUUUACAUGGUUGGACAGAGACAUAGCAACUGCAUUAUUGGCUUACAUUUUGUGUCCACCCAGUGGUUAGUUUUGUUUUAAAAAACUUGUAUAGAUCUGAUAGAAAAAAAUCCGGCUAUAAACGUAAGGAAUGACUUAUGGUGACAUGCUACAUGUUUUUCAAGUACCGUAGAUAAUUCACAGUGGUUGUCCAGAUGCACGUCCUUUUCUAGCUGCCAUUCAUUCUCCCCGGCAUUUACCUCCAUCACCCAGGCCCCUGCCUCGUGCGAGCGAUAACAAAGUGACGUCACAGCAAUUAAUCUUGUUGACCUCUCUGGCGUGGCAUAUAGUUACCUAGCUAUGUCUAAUUAACAUUCUAAUGAAAAUUCCUUUCGUUAUUUUCCUGUGAAAUCAGUGUCAAAUAGACUUGGCUCUCAUUAAAAGAUUAAGUUCCGCUUUGCAUUUCGCAGUAUUAUGCUCAUUUUGGUGACAGUAAAUAGUCCAGUUUUCAUUUCUUGGGUAUCAUUGCAUUUUUGACGUACAGGGUUUGGGGAUGGUCAGUCGGUCUAAAAAUGUUAUUACGAUUCAUGCCUGGGAACUUUGAGGGGUCGUAACAUCAGGGUUUUACUGUACUUCAGUAUUUGUGUCAAUUUUGCGGUGCUCUUUGUACUGUUGACUUUAUUUUAGUUUAUACAAUAUACCGUAUUUACUCGCGUAAAGGCCCCCCUUUUUUUCCAAAUUUUCGACUCCAAAAAAGGGGAGGGAGCCUAUACGCGAAUUUGGAGGAAAAAAUAGAUUUUUCUUUUUUUCAGGUAUGAAAAACUAACAUUUAAUAAAAGCAAAAUGAAAUACCGCCACAACUUAUUUAAACGCCAAUUAAAUUUUGAUUAAAUGAAACAGCUGGCAGAACGACUGGCAAGUCAUGCGUCUAUGUUCUAAUGAGAGUGGGUGGGGGAGGCAGCGACGCUGCAGGAGGGAGAGAGAGGUAGCGAAUCCGCAGGGGGGAGAGGCAGCGCUGUGGCAGGGAGGGAGAGAGGCAGAGGCGUGGCUUAACCUCCCUCCUGCCAGCUAGCCAGCCAACCAGACAAAGGAGUGUUAGAAAUACCUUUUCCCUUCCUCCUUCACUUCCACUCUUUUUCCCCUCUUCUUCUCCUCUUCUUCUCCGACAACACUGCACAUCAACACAAGCGUGCGAGUCCAGCUUUCUUUAUCUUUAUGUCGUUUGAGAUACGACUAACUGCAUACGUCUGUCACGCCUCAUGACAGUCCUACUGAGAGCGGACAAACUAUAAUACCAGUCUCUGUAUCACUGCCGCUUACAAAAUCACCUCCCGCCGCUCACAAUAUAUGGCUUGCUGUUUGAUGCAUGCCAAGCUGCCCUGCCCUCAGAUAAACCCAGAAAAACACGUUUUUAAAUUUUUUCUCAAGAAGUUGAGGAAACAAGGAGGGGGGGACUUAUACGUGGGCGGGGCGGCCUUUACACGAGCAAAUACGGUAUAUGAAUAUUCUUAAUCUGUAUAGUGUAAUUUAAUAUUUAAAACUGUUUUGAACAUAAUUUAUUAAAUAUUAAUACAUAAUUAUGGCAAAUUUUAAGAUAAAUAAUAUUUUUGAUACUUUUGUUUCUUUGUUAUUAAAAAGUUUUCUUUCAAGGAGAAAAUAAAUGUUUGUUAUAUACAGUAGAACCUUGCUGGUACAUUUACAGAUAGUGUGAGAGGCCUGCAGUUAAGUUUUUUUUGUAGACUUAAUGCAUUUCAUCAUUAUUCAGCUGUUACAGGAAUAUCUUCUGCCACUGUCAGUUCUUAUAGUUAGUUACAAGGUUUCAUUGUAGAGGUCAAAUGGCAUUAAUUAGGUACAGUUUCGACUGGGACUGAGCCGACAGUUUGUUGUAAGGAGGUUAUUGUUAUAAAGACACGCAUUAUAUAGAGGCUUUACUGUAUUUUUGAUGCUGCUGGUGUGAUCAUGAGAAAUUUUAAUCUACAUUGCACUCUUUACAUCAUGCAGUUACUCUAAAAGGUAGACAUGUGUGCGAAAAUGUUAAGUAAUGUAAAUUGUCAGCUUGUAAAAGGGGUGCAUGUUUUUAUUUUGACAUAUAAAGUGUUACUAUAACACUAUAAGCAUUCACUAAUGUGUGUGUAAAAGUGGCAUAUUGCGAGCCAAUCAAUGCAUGAACCUUGCCCUGCAGCUAGUCAGGUUUACACUGCAUGCCUAGGUUAGUUUGGCACUGUUUCCUGUUGAUUGGUUGAUGAUUAACAGAAUGGUGUAGCAGCCUCUUCACUGUAGCUUGAACCAUACCUUAGUUCUUAGAUAGUGAAUGCUAUAAAAUAGGUCAUUUAGCUGCACGUGAGGAAACUUUAAAUGUUUGGGCACAAUGCAGUUUUAUUAAACACUAAAUGAAAAUCAAUCAUAUAGGGGAUGUGUAGGAGCCGGAUUUAUUUAUUUUUAGCUAAUUCCCUACAAAAAUGCUAUUUAAGCUAAUUUUAUAAAUAUUGAAUGCUUUUUUUUUUCAGUUAAUUACUUUAAAAAUUUCAUUAAUUUGUAAAAACAUCCUUUAUAAAAAGCCAUAUUUUUUUAGAGUUUUCAAAAUUGAAAUACAAAAUGUAUCUUCUCACACGUAAAAAUAAACCCCUUCUUGUAGACGUUCAGGAACCUGGCUCAGCUUAUAUUCGUUCUUUAUAGUUUUUUUUUUCUCUGACACAUUUGCUUGUAUAUUAUCGUGUAAGACUUAUCUGCACUUCGGUUAAUACACAAACAAAACCAUGUCACCAUCUUUGCUGCAUAUUUUCUCAUGUCACAGAUUAAAGGUGUGUGGUUGGCUAAUAAAAUGAAAACAAAACAUGCUGCACACUCUUGCAUUUUGCUUUAGCAGGAGUGAAUAUUGCUCUUCGCCCAUCAGGUGAUUUUCUGGUUAUCGUUCUCUACACAAGUUUCAUAACAAGCAUAGCUUGAGUCGUGAUAUUACCAUGUCUGUGAUUCAGACAGGUUACAUGUAUCCUAAAUACAUAACUUCAAAAUACAUAUAUGCUCCACCCAAUCAAUCCAGUUGAUUCGUGUAUUAUUCUAUUAAUUAAAACUGUAACUUCAUGUGUGCUAGCAUAUUACAUUUCCAAUUUUAUAAGUAAAAAUAAGUUUUUUUUUUUUUUUUUUUUUUUUUUAGUUUAAUCUAGAGGUGCAUGAAAAAAUAUUAUUUUUUUUUGUACAAAACUAAUCUAGAAGGUUAUUUGUAACAUUAUAUAUUAAAAUAUUUAGUUAACAAACAUUUAGAUACAGUGGAACCUCGUUAUUACGAUAGCUGACAAUGGCGGGAAAAAUCUUCGUAACUAGGAAUACUCGUAAUAACUGAACACAGAAAAUUGAAGUCACAGUUAAGAUUCCUGAACCUUUUAAAAUUGUCUUAAUUUCACACCAUAACUCGAAAACAGUGCACUUUAGUGAAAAAUGCAUUGAAUAAAGGUUGUAGCAAAUUAAAUUACAAAUUGUAAAUUUGUUAGUCUCUAUGAUUUUAUUUGUAUCUACAAUGGUUUGCGUUUUAAUCGGGAAUGAGGGAGCAACUGAAGAUAACAGCUGGGGCCACGGUCGCGUCAUGAUGGAGGGGAGGUAAGUGAAGCAGAGAAAGGAAAAUAAAAGAAGUGCGAGAAGAAGACUGAAUGAAGGGAAGGGCGAAGGCUUCCCUUCCUGUGUAGGCUGGUUUAUUUUUAGAUUUCCCCUUAUAGUCAGUCGAAAGCCAGCGCAGCAGCUAGCUACUAGAGGAGAACCUUGGCUGACGUAACAACACACAGGCGCACUCUACGGUGCUUUAUGCGCAGCGGUGAACGGUAAUCAGUUUAUACAUUCUGGUUUGUUAUAUUUGUGGCCAUUCUCACCAUAAGCGUAGCAACUCUGACACAUUUUCCUCUUUUUUUCCCUCUUUUUUUGUGAGCCUGUGCAUGCUGCUGAAAUUUCCUUCACCCCCUGCUGGUUGUUCCUUUUCAAGCACCUAUGUACAAAGUCAACCUUCAACCUAGGGUAGAGAGAGAAAGACAGCGAAGAGAGAGGACAAUGCUGGGGAAUAACGGGAUGAGGAAAAGAAAAGGAGGGGAAAAGUUAGAAAGAAGGGGAAGUAGCCAUCACCUCAAGCGAGAGAGAGCCAGUAGAGAGAGAGAGCACAUGAUGAUAGUCACCACAAUCCCACCCACUGCCUCUUCUCUUCUUACUGGGGAAAGUAGCGGAACGAGAGACAAGGCACAUUGCUUGUCACCAGUAACGCCACUUCCUUCCUUGUCGCUCUUUUAGCGGUCAUUGUGUUAACUGCAUGAACUUUUUUUUCAAAAUGCCAUUUAAAUCACUUGUACUUACGGAAGGGCCAACAAGGAAACACUCGUAAUUACCAGACAAAUUAAGUAUGAUUUACGUAGUCAAACUGACGCAUUACAAAACACUCGUAUCUUCGUAGGUCUUGUAGUUUCCCAUAUUCAUAAUAAUGAGGUUCCACUGUAUGUAAAUAUUAAAUUAAGUUGUAUUAAUAAUACUAAUUUCACUAUGCUAAUUUAUAAAAUAAUUGAUGCUAAUUUUUCCAGCCCCUAACUGAUAUGACUAUAUGAGGCAUUCAAUUUUUUAAUACAAAGACAUGUUCUGGUUAUUUUCAUUAGUCAUGCAAUCUGCCAUUUAUAAAUAUAGACAGUGUUGGUAAAAGUAGAGUAACAAUGUAACUGGGCUCAGUUACAAUUAUAAUUUAUUUUCAUUAGUUGGAAAAUAUGUAAUAGUUAUUAAAGUAUUAUUUUUUACCUGUUUCUUAAAAUUUUUACAUGUUUAUUGAUAUUACAGAGAAGCUUGAUGUUCAAGACAGUAUUAUUUUAUUUAGACUUCUCACCUUGCGGUUAAAAAUAAUUUUUUAAGUACUACAAAUUGUUAUUUUUAAUUCUUGCCAGUUUAAAUUUAUGUUAUAAGCCAGUAUCAUUGGAAGUGGGUAACUGGUGCUCGUAUUAGUCUACUAUAUCUAAUUUAAACCGAAAUUUUAAUUUACAUUUAAAUUUACCAUGUUAAUUCAUAUAUAAUAUGCAGCCCUCUUUUUAUAACUAGUUACGUUAAAAAAUAUUUUUAUUAAUGUUUGCUUAUAAGUAUAAGAAGCUUUUGAAUUUAAAUAACUUAUUUAUUUGUAAAAUACUAACGGUAAAACUGGUAGGGCUUGGUCGAUAUAAACUCUGAUACCACAGUAUUGGUUCAAUUUGAUUGUGUCUGUCAGAAGCACACUGCAUUUGAGAAAAUAUUAGGAGCCAGUAUUGGUGCUCCAAACAUUUUUGACAGGUGUAUUAGUUUGAAUUUAUGUAUAUCUUAAGAUUCCAAGUAAAAAUUUCAGAUGAGAACUUAAAAAAAAAAAAUAGCCAGUCAUGGGGACUGUCAACAGAAGUGAUAACGUAAAACUUUGUUUUUAAAUGUGCAAUAUGACAUCAUUUCUACGUCAAAUAUACGUAAGAAAAUGAUUUUGGUAUGUAUUAUAUCAGUACGAUGUCAGCAUGAUAUCAUUUAUCCUUACAUCAUUUUUUAGUCACAACAGAUGUCAGUGGUAUGUAAAAAUUACGUAAAAUUUCAUUACCUAGCUAUGACUUACCAGUGAUGUCAGACCUAGGUCAUGUAUUCACGUGGUCUAAUUAACUUCACUUACUGCUACUACAGCAUGUCGGUGAUGCGAACUGACAAGAUUUUACCCAUGUACACAGGCCGCUGCGCGUCGCCAGUCUGGCAUGUCAGUGAUGUGAACCCAUUAGUUUUGUCCCUACCAAAAAUCGCUCAAUGCGUCUAAAGAAGUUUUCACUUUCAAAAAGUGAAAUCACUAUUUGUAUGUAACUAGAUUUCAGAAACAAAUUUAUUAGAUUUUUUUUUUUAAGCUGAAAAAUGUUUUAGAAAGAUGAUUAAUGAUAAUUACUUACGAUAUGUGACUAUUACAUGUAUCUAAUGAGACUGUUAUAACAAUGUAUACUAAAUAUUAAAAGUUCUUAUGUGGUGGUUUUCAGGGUUUAAAAAUUUAUCAUCAAAAUUAAGUUUUUUUUUUUUUUUUAGUGAAAAUGGAAUUAAUUCUGACUUAUUCUAUUUGCCUUGAACACAAAAAACAAAAUGUAUUGUUAGAACUUAGACUUCACCAUUACACUUAUACUUACAAUGUAGGAAAGUGUGUGAAAAAUAACCUAGCGACAAGCAUAGGAUAAAAAUAAUAUUUUAUAGAAAAUUCUGAAAUUAUAUUAUCUGAUGUCAAACAUAAUUAACUUCUAUUGAAGUAAUUUGGGCACUGGAGGGUUAUUUUCCCCAUAAAAUCUGUAUAAUAAUGUAAUAAUUAUUUUAAGUAAUGUUUCUAAGAGAAACUGACAUUAUUUUCAUUGUCAUAAUGUUUGUACCAUAUACCUAUGUUAAACAUACACCUACAUUGUUCAUACAGGGCAUACUGUCUGUGAUUUAUUAUACUGGCAUGACACCACCACCAGAUUUUCACACAAACAUCUUGGAACUGACUGGUAUUAGUCACUAAUGGAUUUGCUUGCACAUUCAUUUUUUUUAAAAUUAUAUUUCUCUAAUAGUAGUUAUUUCACUAGCUUAAAAAUUGUUCAUUUUAUAUAUGUAUAUUUGUUGCUGCAUAGGUACUUAAGUCUAUAGUAGCACAUUGUAGAUGUGUCACCCCCACAUUUAAAACAUUGUGUGGUAUAAAUAUAGAAUUUUACCUUAUUUGUAUUUAUAUAUAAAUUUUUAUUGUUAAUUUUUGUACAUGAAAAAAUAUUGUACAUUUACAUCAAUAAGACUAAGUUUUUUUUAGAGAUUAAUUUAUUAAUUUUCAUUUAUUGAUUCUCUUGUUAAAUUAACAUAGUGUACAUAUUUUAUAUUUAUAUUCAGGUUUAAGUCUUUGUUGUGUUAGUAUGUUAGUAACCAAGUUAUUUAAUUAUUCUUAAAAAUAUGUAGUAAAUUUUGUUUUGUAAAUAUGUUAGCCAGAAGGAAAUUCAUUUUAUUUGACUGUGUUACAAUGUUGUUAAGUGAUUUAUUUGAAUUUAUAAAUUGAGUAAAAUUAAUUUACUCCAAAUAUGCCACAACACAAGUGAUUAUAUAAAUUCUUUUCUGUUAAUUCAAGACUAGCAAAAACUUACAUACUGUGCAUUUAUUGUUAUGAGAGAGAAAAAGUAUGUGAAUUGGUUACAGUCUGUCAUGCAUGGAGUGUGAACCCUGUGAAGGGGAAGGGACUUUGCCUGCUGCAAGUUAGGGGCUUAAGUGGGCCAAGAAUUGCAAGGUUAUGUAAGUGGGCAAAGUAACACUCGACUCGUUUGAAACAACACAGCUUGCUGUUUCCAAAUAGUGUGUCAACAAUAAUCACACCGUGGCUUAAAUGGCAAAGCAACAGAACAAACAUACAUUUUACUCUAUCUUCUUUAAUCUUAACAAAAUAAUUCCAAACAGCAUAGGUGUGCGCAGACAUUAAGUUUAAAUAGGGCCCAGGUAUGCUACUGAUUCAGUGGCGGAUCCAGAUACUAUUUUUGGGGAGGGGCUGUGCCGUAAAUCAUAGAUAUACAUAUUUAUUUUAAAAUGGAGAGACCAGUGGCCUUCCCCCGUGUUUUGUAUUUUAAUAUUGAAAAAAAAAAAAAUAGUCAGUGCUAGAGCAUGAUGACAAGGCCUGCACAGCCACUGAGCGAACAAAAUUUUUUUAUAAUUAACUUGAAAAAUGCAUUUGUGCGGACUUUAACUUUGAAGUUAAGACAAUGAAACAAAACCAUCACAUACAUUUUUAAACACUUAAAUUGAUUUCAGGAAGAAUGUGUGUUUUAUAUACCUAUAUAUACAUAUAUAUACAUACACACAUAUAUUAUAUAUACAUGUAUAUAUAAUCUUAAUGAUUAAAAAUUAAGUUAGGAAUUCAAAGCUUGGUUUAGUUAACAACUCUUUUUCAAAGUGUAUGUAAUUCAAAUGAGGUCACUUUGUAAUUUAACUAACUGUUAAAUUACAAUUAAGAAAAUGUUUGACAUUUAAACCAAAAAAAAUUCUUCAUAUUCUUACACAAGUGAGUUCAGGACAAUUUUAAUUGCCAGAACACAUCACAAUUAGGUCUACAAAAUAAAAAAAUACAAUGUAACAAAAGUCAGGAACACUUAUCACAGCCUUUCUGCUUGAAGUUUAACACAAAAUGGCUUUUUUUUUUUUUUUUUUUUUGCUUCUAGUUAAAUUGGUAGUUAAUUAAGGAAAAAAAAUUUAAGUUCUAACUUCAUUUGAGUUGUACAGUGUUGAAAUUUAGUCCUGCACCUUAAGUGCUCAUUUUACCAUGAAAGGACUAGACCAGUACAUUACAAUUUUUAUUACUUACCAGUAUCAGCAGUAUGUCUAGCACAGUCUUCUCCAUUUAUCAGGUGGUAGGUGGUAUCUCGACAUGGCUGGCGUUGCUGCUAAUUUAAUUUUCAAAAUUCUCAACACACAACUACGACUGACUCAUUGCCAGGAACGCGGUUUUGCAAUUGAUAAACACAAUAUUCUGCAGACUAUGAUGAUCUAAAGAGAACACAAAAAAAUGUUGUAUAUUGUUUCUCCAGAUUGUGUAGUUGAAUAAAUCAAGUUAUUUUAACAACUACGACAGUGUAACAUUAAUUUAUUAAAGUAAAAUCAAACAAAUAGAGUGUGAAAAUCAUGCUAUGUAUUAACUUACUUGUUUGACUUCCUUACGACAAUGCGUUGAAAUGCAGCGGUAAUGUUCAUUGAACAAGCAUCCCGCUCGUGUUCUUUCUUCACCUUGCUCUUCUGUGCACCUAACAGUGAUAUUUAUCUUCUUUUUUUUUUAAAUUUGAAUGUGUUUACAUUCCAGCAACAACCAAAUAAACGUUACACCAUGCAAAUACAAUGUCACAGUUCCUAAAACUAUAAAUAAAUACUUAGGUCAUAAAAAAAAUCUGAUUACAUGGUUGGUUACCGAAAUACGUACUGUUGAUUACACAGAGACUGGAAGACAUUGUAUUCCUGUGGCUGUGAUACAUUGUUACUUUCCCCUUCUACCUUCUCUUUUCUUUGUUCACACACCUUGUGACGAAUAAGAUUACAUGCCCACCUGCUGUGGUUUUCGUGACACUAGAAGUAGCAGUCUUGCAUAUCUUUUCUUGCUCGUCAUAAUGUAUCAGUGCAAUCCAGACAAUAUAAAGCAAAAAUUGUGAUCAAAUAUUGUCCUUAGUUAUUUAUAUCCUCUGCUCAAAGGACCCCUCCAAUCUUUAGGUAUGGCCCCACCUGUGCCACUGAGAAACAGGGCUGCUAUUUGCCGUACUUUUGAUCUAUCAUUUGCGAUUUUUUUAAUCAACAACUGUAUCUGAAUAAAAAUGCCACUAAAUUAAACUUUAAUAAUAUAAAACAUAACUUAGAACCAACAAAAAAUACAGUUGAGUCUCAUUGUUCACCCAGAGAAACAACAUAUGACUGACAGUUGUAGCAACUAGAAGCCUGAGCGAGAUUAUUUGCACAUCAGUAUGUGAUGGUAAAGUGCGAUUGAGGCUCCAGACAGUGCGAGUUGAAACAUGAGACAGUUAACAAGUUGAGACACUGAUGCCGAGGUCACACUGCGCUGUGCGCGCUCUGGUUCGCCCCGACUCGUGUCUUUGAAACUACGCAACAAUACACUAACUAGAUGUUCGUUGAUACAGUGCAGUGAAACACAAGCUUUGAUGAAAUGAAAGGAGUGCAUUUUGUUUCUUUAGUAAAGUACAUGCCGACCAGCAUGGUGCAGUUGGUUAAGUGCUAACCUCGGUGCUGAGUGUUACUGUUUAAAAUUUUGUGUAAGUGGCAUGUGAAGUGUUUGUAACUUAAAUUAGAUUAAUUAGCUUUAAAGCUGCCCCAAGUUAACCUACUGGCAUAAAAAAAUGGUUGUAAUUAAACUCAAUAAAAAAUAUAAUUUUUGUUAUCAUUGUCUUUACAUUUUUGGUGAUACUUGUUAGUUUAGCAUCUGUUUGUUCUUUUAAUGAUUCUGCAUUGUCAAAUGUCCAUCAAAAUGUUUUAAUGUUUAAGUGCCUCUUCUGCCUUCGUAUGCAAAUAUUUGUUACUGAUUUCUCGAUGUUGUUGUAACAGGCAGGGAGACGCUAAUAUCUGUAAAUUUCGCAUAUUAUUGACAACUUGCUUUGUAGAGAAGUAAACUUCAAAUUCACCUUGACCAAAGUUUUGAAUUUCAUAAAUAUAGUGUUAGUGUUAGUAUUAUUAUUACUCACUAUACGGAAACCAUUGUGGGAUCAUGAUCUGCCAAUUUUUAAACUCAAGCGAACCCCUCUGCUUCCAUGAUGAGUUUUCUUGCAUUUCUAAGCAAAACUGCAAUAUACAAGUGAAUUGAAAGUUUACAAACCUUGCAGUUAAUGAAUAAAAUUGGUUUUAUAUUGUGAUAAUAAUUUUUCCACUUUUUAAGUUUUAUGGAAUUGGCCUGUAACAUGUUCCAUUCAAAAUAUUGUACAUACGUGUGUCUUAUUUUGUGUAUCACAAAUACGUACUAAUUUUGCUGUGGUAUUUUUCACACCAGAUUUAAGUGUAGUGUGGAUGUACUAGCUUUGCAUUCAAAUAGCCACAGGUUUUGAUGACAGUAUUGAGAUUAUCUUUUAAAGUUUUAGUAAUUUAUUUAUUAGAAAUUUAUUAAACUUCAGGAUUUGAGAUAUGAAGCUAUUGUCUCAUUUGAUGAUUACUGUUGUCAUUAUUAUUUUGUUAUAAUUGUUUUGUUUUUUUUCUUUUCAAAGGCAAAUAUCAUAAAUCUUUCAUGUUCAAAAAGUAGUUUCACUUACAAUACGUACAAUAGUUCCUGUGGUAAUAUAGCUAGAAUUCGAAGGACCUAAUAAUUUUAUUGUGGUUACUGUCAUACUGUACAAACACUGUGGUUGUCAUUUUAAAAGUUCUCUGUAAUUUUAAAUAAAAAAAUUUUUUUCUAACUUUUGAUGUUGUAACCUGAACUAUUAUGUCCAAGACAGUGGUACAAUUAUUGUUGAUAAUCAACUCCUGUAAAAUAAUUGAUUUUAUUUUAAUGAGUAAAAUAAGUAAAUACUUAAAAGUAUUCUUUUUCAGUUUUCAUUUAUAUUUGUAUUUAUUUCUAUUUCUUUUCUACUAGGUAUCUGCAACAUAUUUUGCUCCAGAUAUUGAGUUUUUAAAUAACAUGCUAUAUUGUAAUAUUUUUACUAAGAAUGCUGCAUAAAAUUUACUACCAACACUCCUGCACUUUACAUGUGUUUAGUCAACUCCUUAUCAGCUUGGUGGUAAACAUGUUUAUUUUGUUGUGAUGUGUGUUCUGUGUGGUGAAUUAUACUGUGAAUUCUUUAUUUAGUUGAAGCAAAGAGAUUUAUUUUUAAUUAAUGAAUGUUCCAUUCUUUUAGUUGACCGACUUCGAUUUCCAUUCACUGUAAUACAUACUUGCUAACUUA